AUGAUCCAUAACCAGACGAGAUAGAGAAAAGAGAGAAAUCAUCCGUGCUUCGAAUUAUCAAUUCCAGUGGUUAAAAUUUUCCUUAAAUAAAUUAAAUAAACAAAGAAGCAAGACAUAUAUCAUUGUCAAGAAGAAUAGUGGUGGAAGGCACAACAUAAUUGGAGCAACGCCAGAGAUGAUGUCACUCUGAACGAAUUUCCGUGGAAGUAGCGUCAGCAAGAAACCAUUCAGUGAUCUUGAAGAAUGAAGUUGUCCAAGUCAGAAAUUGAUUUGGAUCAUCCCAAUGUGGAAGAGUAUCUGGCAGAAUCACACUUGGACGGGUCUUUGGGGCCAGACAAGAAGCUUCUACUACGUGAUCUGCUCGAUAUUUCACCUGCAUUAAAUGAAGCAGCAAGUGCUAUAGUUGAUGAUUCUUUUACACGUUGCUUCAAGUCAAAUCCUCCAGAGCCAUGGAAUUGGAACCUUUAUUUAUUUCCUCUUUGGUGCCUAGGAUUAUUUGUUCGAUAUUUGAUCCUCUUUCCUGUAAGGGUUGUGCUCUUGGCAGCUGGAUGGGCGAUAUUCCUUUCAUUAUUUAUUCCUGUGCAUUUUAUUUUGAAAAAUCAGGAUAAAAUUCGGCGACAAUUGGAGAGGAUUCUGGUGGAGUUCAUGUGCAGUGUAUUUGUUGCUUCCUGGACGGGGGUAGUCAAGUACCAUGGACCUCGACCCAGUGUCCGCCCAAGGCAGGUGUUUGUAGCAAACCACACUUCCAUGAUUGACUUCAUAAUCUUAGAGCAAAUGACAGCGUUUGCUGUGAUUAUGCAGAAGCACCCUGGCUGGGUUGGCCUUUUACAAAGCACCAUAUUAGAGAGCUUGGGAUGUAUUUGGUUUAAUCGCACAGAAGCUAAAGAUCGCCUGAUUGUUGCUGAAAAGAUAAAGCAGCACAUAGAAGGUCCUGAUAACAAUCCACUUCUCAUUUUUCCUGAGGGCACUUGUGUUAAUAAUCAAUACACGGUUAUGUUUAAAAAGGGUGCUUUUGAGCUCGGGUGUACUGUUUGUCCAAUUGCAAUAAAAUACAACAAGAUCUUUGUCGAUGCAUUCUGGAACAGUAAGAAGCAAUCUUUUACAAUGCAUUUGGUUCGUCUUAUGACUUCAUGGGCAGUAGUUUGUGAUGUGUGGUACCUAGAACCGCAAACGCUGCAUCCUGCAGAGACACCAAUUGAAUUUGCAGAGAGGGUCAGAGAAAUAAUAGCUACAAGAGCAGGCAUAAAAAAGGUUCCAUGGGAUGGAUAUCUGAAGUACUAUCGCCCAAGUCCUAAACUCACUGAGACCAAACAACAAAGUUUUGCAGAGGCAAUGCUAAGGAGAUUAGAAGAGAGAUAGGUUCUUCCACGAAGGAACAAAAGCAGGAUUGUUGAAAUUGAGCAAAUUCGAUAAGAACCAAGCUCACUGAAAAGUAAGCAUAUGCACCUAGUUAUAUGGGAGCAUCCUACCUUUGUUUCUAUAUUAGUAGAAAAGGAUGAUAUCUCUUUAUGUGAUGAGUUUGAAUUGAAAUAAUAUAUUGUAAUAUGCCUUGAGAGGAAACAUUUGAAUAAUUCUUGUGUUGAAGUUGUUAUAGUAAGCCCCUACAUUGCUCGGCGAGAUGUCUUAGUCAAGAUUACAAAUGGAAUAUACUGGACACUAAAUGUGUACCUUAAGUUAUAACAAUCAAUGUAUCAUUAUUUAAUAUUUGUUUUGUUCA